GUGAUUUUGGGAGGCCUAACCAAAUAUCUGGAUGAGUGCAAGUAUUUCCUGCCGCCUCUUACUUGUUAAUACGCCAAAACGCCGUUUAUUUAUAGACUUUUUUUAACGUUUAUUUAUAGACUUUUUUUACGGUCACAUUUAUCGCUCACAGCCAGAUUAGAAAUCCGCCGCGCCAGGAGGGGGUGUGCACGAGCGAGCCCCGCUCAUCCUUCCUCAUCCGGACACCACGGCCACCUGUGCUUUGUUUGGUUGCCGUAAGGAAUUUGCAACCGUUGAGUUGGAAAAGACGUCCAAUCCAAACCGACAAAUACGAGCGGGCGGCAGGCGGCUGUGGAUGCAGAUAACAGCAGCGACAUCACGAGCGCCAUCAUCAGGAUUUACGGUCUAGCCGGCGUUGGAUGUGCAGGUGGCGAAUUAAUAACGGGUCAUAAAGAAGAAGGGGGGAUGAGGACUGAUAGAGGAAGGAGGGAGUGUGUCAAAUUAAGAGAGGGGAGUAGAUAAAGCCCAAGGCGGCGUCAUGAGCUCUCCACUGCGUUGCGAGUCUCACUCAGCCCGGCCGAGCCCCAACAGACACGUUCUGGACUGGAACCAUGAGCAGCUAACUGCGCGCAGACUGUCCUCUCCAAGGAGCGUCAACCUCCUCACACCGCCUCCCUAUCCUCGCCGUGCCUCCGCCAUCCCCGGCUACCUGCUGCCCCCCUAUCGAGAGCAGGAGGACCUGCAGCGUCGGCGUCUCUCCUUGCCCCCUGAGGCAUCCCUGGUCAUCCCUGCGCCUCCAACUGUGGACACCACCGCACCUUGCUGCCGCCCGGUGGGAGUCAUGCACCUCCUCCGCCUCGGACUCCUCGCCUUCAGCUGCCUCUUUUGGGCGGCCGGUUUGGCCCUCUUCACCCUGGGGGUGUGGGCCCAAAUCUCAUUGGCCGACUUCAUGCUGCUGAGUGCCAACCGCUACCCCAACGCACCCAUCAUCCUCCUGACCACAGGGGCCGCUGUGACCGUCUGGGGCUUUCUGGGUUGUCUCGGGGUGGCGGCCAACCUUCCCUACUUGCUGCGGGCUUACGGCUUCUUUCAGCUGGCCGCGCUCAUCGCAGGAUUGGCCGCCGGACUCAGUGGGCUCUUCUAUCGGGAAGACAUCGCCGGAGGAUUUCGGAGCGGCCUACAGCGAGCGGUGGCCGGGUACACUGAGGACGAGGGCCGUGCCGAUGCGCUAGACAGCCUACAGCGAACGCUAGAGUGCUGUGGCGCUGAAGGAUGGCGCGAUUGGCUCACUUCGGACUGGGCGUUUCAACACAUGACCUUCCUACCCACUGAGAACGGAACCCUGGGGUCCUUGCCAGACAGCUGCUGCAUGAGGCGCAAGGGUUGCAGGAACCGACCCUUGCCGGCGGACGAUAACGAAGGAGUGCUCGCCGCGGGCAUCCACCCCCACGGAUGCUUCCGGAAAGUCUUCAGCUUGGUCAACGACAACGUCUUCCACAUCGCUGCCACUGUGCUGGGAUUGGCCUUCACGCAAAUCGGAGGCAUCGCGUUGGCGUGUUUGUUGGCCAAUAGGCUAGCGCCCAGACAACAUCAACGCAUUGUGGCGAAUUAAUACAAAAAAAUGAAGUUUUUUUACCUGCAGUUUUAAACCUAACACGGUGCUUCCACGGGUUGUCGUACAAGCCUCUUAAUGAUAAUGACAUUUUCCUUGGCUUUGAAAGUGCAUGAAAUACAUGAGAAACAAAAAAAUACAGUAAUUGCAUGUCUGACUAUUUGUGACGAUUGCUUGUGGUAUAACUAUAUACAUUUCUGUGUGUUGUGCUGUGAAGUUAAAAAAUGUAAAAAUGUUUACAUCCUGUUAUCCUAGCCUAGCAAUACGGUUGCCUUUGUUCUACACACUUUGUCCAAUCUGAACAUACCCAUUUUCAAAUAUGUUUUUAGAGCUACUGGUGUGUUUUGGGACACACUUUUUCUGUCAAUUUUUACUUCCUUAUUUAUUUUUAUAUCACUCAAUAUGCUAUCUACACACUAUUAACUUGACUAUUACACAUUACUAUUAUUAUUGCUUAUAAGAAAUGGUUACAUGUUAACAGAGGAAGUUGAAAAACUAUCGGAUUAAAAAAGCUCUGCUACGUCUGACUUCUUUUCAGACAUUGUGUAAACAUGCAAUGUUCUUUCAUAGAACUUUGUUAGUUACAAAUAAAGUACACCAGUUGUUCUCAAACUCUUUUCACCCAGUACCACGCCAGAAAAAAUCAUGUCUCCAAGUACCACCAUAUUGACCAACAUUAAAAUACAGUAGCAUAGUAGGCCUAGUUAUUCAUUAAAAACCAGGCAGAGGUUUUAUUUAACAAGUAUAUUGAAUAUUUUGGGCCACUGUAACAUUACACACAGUUUUUGAACAGUAACACUGUGUUUGAAUAUAGGAAAAUAAAACACUGUACUUAAGUCAAUUGAUUCUUUCGCCUACCUCUAGAUGGAGCCCGCGUACCACCAGUGUACACAGUUUGAGAAUCACUGAAGUAAACUUGCCAGACUGUCUGCUAAUCUAAGAUAACACACUGCUGCCUUAACUUCAUAUGCAAUGUUUUAUUUUAAAAUGACAACAACUUUAAUGCUCAGGCACAUGAUAUUUUAUUCACAAUGUACUUGCAAGGCAUUUUUUAUUUUGUUAGCUCAGCUGGAGCAGGUGUGACGUGUAGCGCUAUUAUU